AUGGAGCAAAUUAUUGCAGAUUUCCCUACUAUAAAUACCCUCUUCUCCUCUUCACUUUCUCCCCACCCCACUUAUCUCACCAUUACAUUUUCAGACCAUAUAGCAAUCCCCAUUCUUUCGAAAAGUUCGUACAUGCAAGACUGCAAGGAGGAAGAAAUGGAAACCGAACUAGCCAAGUGUGAGUGUUGUGGAUUCAAAGAAGACUGUACUCAAGACUACAUCACUGAAGUCAAAUCUGAAUUUCUAGGAAAAUGGCUAUGCGGAUUGUGUUCCGAGGCGGUUAAAGAUGAGGUGAACAAGCAAAAUGGCCUUAAUAAUGUUGUGCAUGGUCUUGAAGAGGCUAUAAAGGCUCAUAUUUCAUUUUGUAGUAAAUAUAAGGCCAAUCCGGCCAUUCUGGUAGCUGAGGGUAUGAGACAGAUGCUCCGGAGAAGGUCCGGUUUGUUGUUAUCAUCGUCAUCAUCGUUGUCAUCAUCGUCUUCGAGUACUUCGUCUAAGAAGUAUUCGAGAUCAAGCAGCACAUCAGAAGUGGGAAAUGAGUCUUUGUUGUGCUGUAACAAGUUGGUAUAA